AUGUCAGGACAACAAGAGAUUAGGUAUUUGGGAGUCACGCCGCCCAUAUCGACUGAUCCACCUAAGGAGAGUGAUGUGAGGUCCAGUGAGGCUUUGAUGGGUGAUCUGGUGUCUUUGAACCAAUUUGAAUCAGAACAAGAACGUAAAGUCCGAGAACGACUAUUAUCGAAUAUUGCUCAACUAGUCACCAAAUUCGUACAUGACGUAUCGAUCAAAUCUGGAAUGUCGGAAAAGGUAGCUUCAGAAGCUGGAGGGAGGAUAUAUACUUCUGGUUCUUAUAGACUAGGUGUACAUGGCCCAGGAUCAGAUAUUGAUACCAUCUGUGUAUGUCCCCGACACAUAUACAAGGAACAUUUCUUUGGUGAAUUUCAAGAUAUGUUGAGAGCUUGGCCGGCAGUCACGGAGAUAUCUGCAGUCCCAUCGGCUUUCGUACCAGUGAUGAAGACCGUUAUAUCUGGUGUAGAAGUGGAUCUAUUAUUUGCCAGAGUCAAUUUAGCUGAAGCGGGAGAUAAAUUGGAUAUUGAAAAGGAUGAGAUAUUAAGAGGAGUAGAUGAUGCUUCGCAGAGGAGUUUGAAUGGUCCUCGUGUGACGGAUAUGAUCCUGAAUCUUGUUCCAGACGUAGCUACUUUCCGUACAGCAUUGCGUACGAUAAGACUUUGGGCUAAGCGUCGUGGGAUCUACUCCAAUGUUCUGGGUUUUCCAGGUGGUGUAGCAUGGGCAUUAUUGACAGCUAGGAUAUGUCAGCUGUAUCCUACUGCUGCUCCUGCGACUAUUGUAGGGAAGUUCUUUCCCAUAUACUACCAAUGGAGUUGGCCUCAACCCGUGAUUCUGAAAAAGAUAGAGACUGGUCCUCCUAACAUGCAACAUUCAGUCUGGAAUCCCAAGCUCGACCGCAGAGAUAUGGCUCAUAGAAUGCCAGUCAUCACUCCUGCUUACCCAUCUAUGUGUUCCACACAUAAUAUCACGGCUAGUACAAUGAGUAUCAUCAAGAAGGAGAUGUUGAGGGCAAUGCAAAUAACCGACGAGAUAUUGAAAAACCCCGGAUCAAGCUGGAUGGAUCUAUUUGAAAGAGCCGAUUUCUUCAGCAUGUAUAAAACUUAUGUUCAUGUGGUGGCUUCUGCUUCUACGUCGGAGGGAAUCAAGGAUUGGAGCGGUAUGGUAGAAUCUCGAAUUCGUACACUAGUGCAAGAUCUGGAAAAUACAGACAACAUCCUGACUGCACAUCCGCAAGUUGGCGGUAUAUCCAACGUUUUCUACUGUCUUACGGAGGAAGAGCAAGCUGCUGCUUCUCAGGGUGAAGUUUCGCCCGAGUUGAUGAACAGGAAGGAAGAGGAUAUAAAAGAUGUACAGCUUAAGGAGGGAGAGAAUGGAGAUGAUACCGGUGCGGGUCCUAGGAAGAUUUGGACCAAGAAUUUCUUCAUUGGGUUGGAGAUCGAGAAGAAACCUAAAGACGGUCAGGGGUCGAGAGUUCUCAACUUAUUCUACCCUUCCAAACGGUUCUGCUCUGCAUGUCAGGGCUGGGACAAGUAUAAUGAGAUGGAAAUGAGCGUGAUUCUCAGGCCUGCUAAAAGAUCCGAUCUUCCCCCAUAUUGUUUUCCCGAUGGACAGCCAAAGUCCAAGAAGAAGACCAAACGAGGUCAACAGAAUGGCUCAACCGAUGUCGGAAUGGGCGAUACGGCUGAAGAAUCUAGUCAAGGACCUUCAAAACGCAGCAAAGCCACACCAUCAGAAGAGUUAUCCCAUAUUUCACUCACGACUACGACUGAAACUCCCCGACCAACCUCAUCACCUCUAACAAAUGGUGUACAAUUACCCAAUGGAGCUGAUCCCGUGCCUCCGCUCACUACUACGAAUGGCAGUGGUAGUGCCCUGCCUCCUCCACCGCCUGGCAUAGAGAACUUGCCGCCGUUAUCGUCUACUUCGCUAAGCGGCUUCGCCACUGCCGCUAAUGGUGUUGUGAACAGUGCAGAUAGGAAUACUGAUGGGUUGGUGGUCCUGAAUGCGAAUUCGAACACGAAUGAAGCCCAAGCGGCUUCCUGA